CGUACUUUAAAUAUAGUCGUAAUAACAAUAAUAAUUGUUUUGUUGUUACUACUCGCUAUUAUUACAUGUUAUUGUCGACAUUCACCAGUCACCAGUCUGUAGUCUGUACGCGCAUCGCACGUACUGAAGAGAUGUGUCUGUCUCGACGUUAUUCUUAUUAUUUACUUUUAUUCCGUGUUAUUACGUAUCGACGACGGUCUGAGGAUUAAACGAUUCGUCAGCGACUCUACACUUAUACGACGAUUAAGAUAGCGUUGUUGGUCAACUGAAAUGUCAAAAAACAUUUUCGAUAAAUCCAGUUCGUCUGAAAGAGAGUCUUUGUUUCGCUAAAAUUUGUCGCGGCACGAUUUGCGAAAAAUUAUCGCCGUGGACCACCGUUUUGCAGAUAGAGUUCCAUUCAAAAUGAUUUCAAAGGAAACAAUAUUYGUGUACACGGCUUCUGCAAUAGUUGUUCUAUUUACUAUGGUGUAUYUAUAUUAUAGAAAUAUAUACAACUACUGGAAAAAAUUAGGAGUGUAUCACUUAGAACCAACUUUUUUUUUUGGUAAUGCUAAGGAUCGUGUUCUAUUUAAAAAAUCUUUCCAUGAGUUUCACAGAGAUUUGUACUUCAAGUUCAAAGGACAUAGAUAUGCUGGAUAUUAUCUUGGCCGCAGAGCAUCAUUGGUUAUUCUCGAUCCAGAAAUAAUCAAAUGUAUCAUGAUUAAAGAUUUUAAUCAUUUUACGGACCGUCAAACAAUGAGAUUUCGAACAUCAGAAUAUAUUACCGAAAUGUUAAUUAAUCUUAAAGGUUCUAAAUGGAAACGAAUGAGAGGUCAAUUAACACCAGCAUUUACUUCUGGAAAACUUAGAACCAUGGAGCAUCUUGUGGAUGUUUGUUGUAACAAUAUGAGCGACUUUCUAAAUGAAAAUAUCAAAAGUGAACAAGGUUAUGAUUUGGAAAUGAAAGAUUUUUUUGGCAAAUUCACCUUGGAUGUUAUUGCAACUUGUGCAUUUGGCGUAGAAUCGAACUCAUUAAAAGAUGMGAAUGGUGGUUUUGCCAGUCGUGUAUCUAAAUUUGCUACCUUGAGUAUUAUGAAACGUCUAACCCUGUACAUAGUACUACUCUUUAUGCCUGGUAUUGCUCGAUUCGUUCCAUUAUCUUUUUUUAACAUGGAAGUGAUACAAUUCUUAGCUAAUGUGAUCAAAGAAGCAAAGAAAUGCCGACAAUCUACUGGUCAAAAGCGAAACGAUUUCUUGCAGUUAUUACUGGAUAGUGAAACUGAUUUAGAUAAAAAUGAUAAAUCAAAAUCAAAAGAAGAUGUAUUGACUGAAGCUCAAGUAGUUGCUCAAUCUGUAUUGUUUUUGAUUGCUGGGUUUGAGACGUCAAGUACAUUGUUGACUUUCACUUGUUAUGAGUUGGCAAUAAAUCAAACCAUACAGGUUAAACUAAGAGAGGAAAUAUGUUCAGUCUUAAAACGAUUUAAUGGCAAAUGCACUUAUGAAGCGAUGCAAGAAAUGCCUUUAUUAGACAUGGUAUUGAUGGAAACCUUGAGAAUGCAUCCACCUGUGGCACAAUUAGAACGUGUGAGUACCCAAGACUAUACGCUGCCUGAUUCCAACUUAUUACUGAAAAAAGGUAUGACCGUUCAAAUACCUGUCAUUGGGUUACAUUAUGAUCCAGAAUAUUAUCCAGAUCCUUACAAAUUUGAUCCAAAUCGAUUUUCUCCAGAAGAAAAAGCUAAACGUUCACAUUAUGUUUUUUUACCAUUUGGAACUGGGCCAAGAAAUUGCAUUGGUCUACGAUUUGCCUUGAUGAGUACAAAGAGAGGAAUGGUUCAUCUCUUAAAAGACUUUUCAAUUGAUCUUAGUAACCAAAUGACUGUGCCUUAUGAAUACAGCAAACACUCAAUGUUGCUGAAGGCAAAGGAUGGUAUAAGGCUAUCAUUCAAUAAGUUGAAUGCAUAGUAAAAACGAUUUGGCCAACUACUUAAAAUUUAACAAAUUUUUGGGCUGUGUUAAAUUUAUUGGAAUCUAAAGUUAAUAAUAGUUUAUUUCUCAGUUUUGUCUAUUGCUAUUGUGAAUGAUCACAAAAUGURACAUAUUUUUAACUUUUUUUUUAAAGUUUAAGUAGAUAUUAUUUUUAUAUACUUAUUGCUGGUUUAAACAUUUAUUUAUUUAUUUAUUCAUGUUAAAUUUUAUAUUAUUUUAAUAUAGUUUAAUAUAAUGUUGAAGAAGGAACCACGGUCUACAGUUAGGACUUUUUAUUUUUUCAUAUUAUAGAACUAUAUAUUUUAGAGAUUAUUAACAAUUUAUAUGAAAUUAAUAAAAGAUUGUUGUCAAGCUUUUGUAAAAUUCACYGUAAAAUGUAUUUAAGUUUAUAUUAGUAAUAAAUUAAACAUAAGUACCUAAUGAAAUUUCAUACAAUUUUGAUUAAAAUUAAAUUUUUAUAAACUAUACCUUUAAUUUAUUCAACAAUAAUUGUUAGAUAAGAGAUUAAUGAAUCAACAUAUUAUCUAUACAUUUUUUAAAUUACAAUGGUCAUAUUAAAUUUUUAAUCUUUUGUGCAAUGUAACUACUGACAUAGUAGCCUAUAGUCCAGUUAUUUUCUUGUGAAAUAAUAUUUCCGGUUAUUUCUAAAUAGCCACACGUUUAAGUAGCAUUACUGAGUAAAA